CAGCUUCGAGUACCCCAGAUAUCACGUCCCAGGGGGUCCUGUAGCCUCAACCUCAUCCCUUGCUGUGCCAGAUGUGUUCUUGAGAGGCUUGCAGGGACACGGUCCCUGUUGCUUCUCAGCUGCCUGACGUGAAACCCGUGGCAGUGCAGAGUUCUGGUAGGACUGAACCUGCCCUCCUACCCACACCAUGGGGCAACUGUUCCACAGUCCUGCGGAGCAGCCUGAGCCAGAGAUGAGCCCAGUCACCCCUUUCCUCAGCCAGCACACUGGGCACCUAGUGUGACAAGUCCCUAGGUCACAUUGAUUCUAAAGUCAGCUGCCUCAGGAAAGCCCCAGCCCACUGUGCAGGCUCCUGGGGAGCCUCGGAGGAUGGAUCAGAGGCUUGGUGGCUCACGGUUGGCCUGCAGUGGCUAGUUCCAGGCACCUGCAUGUAGAGAGGAAGCUGGCCAGGCUGACUGUCCCCGAUGGCCUGCUCCCUGCUGCUGGGGACCAGGAGAGGUCCCCUCCUCCCAUGCUCAGAAUAACUUCUUGUACAACAGGUUCUCAGAAUUGGAGCAGUGAACAGAAGAUGUGGGUUCACAAACCCCUGUCCUUGGCUGGGGCAGCAGCCUCUCCCCACCUGUCCUCAUACUGGAGCCCCAGCGUGGCCUGCACAGCCCCUCCCGGCUUCCUGACUCCUCCCUCCCACCAGCAGCUGCCCACCCCUCCCUACCCGCCCCCUGCUUUCUCCAGCCUCUUGUGUACUCUGUGUCCCCAAAGAUUUAGACUAAUAGGUGGGCUUGGUGGCGGCAGUAGGCAUGAUAGAAGUGGAGCCAUCGCCUGCAUCAAAAGUGCUGGCUCUGGGGCAGCAGAGGGCCUGCCAGGGCCCAUCUGAGGGGCCGUUGGCCCAACAGGGCUCUGGCCGUCCCCUGGCUCCUGAGCGUGCCCCCUCUCUGGAAAUGGUAGAGCUAUGGAGCAUAAGUGUCGGCUGUGAGCCCAGGAGCAGCCAACCUCAGAGGCACGAUCACAGGCCUUACCCUUGGUAGCCUGCCUUGUCUAAUAACCUCUGUUAACACAGUCCUGCACAGCCCCAGGAUACAGUGGUGGCCACUUUUGCUUUCCCCCUACUUCUCUGCUUGGUCUUCUCUCUCUCCCACUCUCUCUGACUCUGUCUUGGUCUCUGUCCCAUCCCUGGUCUGUUGGUCAGUCUCUGUCUCUGCUUGGCUUUGCCCCAGGAUCUUUGCUUGGCCCACCUCUGGCCAGGAAGCGUGGCUUUUCCUUUUCCUUGAGGAAGCCCUCAGGACUGGGCUGGAGCCCCACUCCCCCUCUCCCUUGUCCACCUGAGCCUCCUGUCUUCCCAUUCCAGGACUUGUCAUACUGAACGUGAGUUCCCCGCACACCCCAAGGGCAAGAGCGCCUGUGCUGCUAUGGGUCCCCACACCUAGUUAACACUGUACACCCUGUGGGCCCUUGGGAACAGGGUCAGCCACACAGCCAUCUGUGCCUCAGAAAUCACAUGCCUGGUCCCCCACAAAUCCUUUGUUGAGCUGGGGAUAGGUGGCAGGUGGGCCACAGAGUCAAGCACGCCCGUCUCUCUGAGGGUGGAACCGAGUCCUUGUAAAUCAGUGAGCCAGAAUGCAGUGUGCUGCUCACCCAGCCAGGACAGCCUUCUGCCUCCUGCCAUCUGCCUCUGCUCCCAGGUAGGCAGUAACCUGCACAGGUGUGCUGUGGCACCAGGGCAUCGGGGGACAGCCAGGCCUGGGAAAGAUCGACUGUCCCUGCACCUGUGCUUGUGCGUGUGUGUGUGUGCGCGCACAUGUACAUGCGCACGCGUGACCCACUGUGUGACCUUGGCCCAGUCUGAGGCCAGCUGGAAACAGCAGCUGUCUCCUGGCCCCAGAUACACUACCUGGAGAGUGGCCAGGCUGGAGGAAGGGGCAGAAAUAGGACGGAAAUGGGGCCCUCUGUGGGCAGCUGCCAACUCGGACUCUGGCCGGCUCCAGCCCCAUAAAUAACCUGUGGGCCAGAGGGAAGGCCACACUCGGGCUGGGCACACGCCAUGGGGCGCCUAGAGCUGGUCGUCUUGGGGUUCACCUGCUACUGGGCACUAGCGAGCACAGCAAAGCUGGGCGCAGUGUACACGGAAGGAGGCUUCGUGGAAGGCGUCAACAAGAAGCUCAGCCUCUUUGGUGACUAUGUCGACAUCUUCAAGGGCAUCCCCUUCGCUGCCCCACCCAAGGCCCUGGAGAACCCUCAGCGACACCCUGGCUGGCAAGGAACCCUGAAGGCCAAGGACUUCAAGAGGCGGUGCCUGCAGGCCACCAUCACCCAGGACAACACCUACGGGGAGGAGGACUGCCUCUACCUCAACAUCUGGGUCCCCCAGGGCAAGAAGGAAGUCUCCCGGAACCUGCCCGUCAUGAUCUGGAUCUACGGAGGUGCCUUUCUCAUGGGGGCUGGCCACGGUGCCAACUUUCUCAGCAACUACCUGUAUGAUGGGGAAGAGAUCGCCACGCGGGGCAACGUCAUCGUGGUCACCUUCAACUACCGUGUUGGCCCCCUGGGCUUCCUCAGCACUGGGGACGCCAACCUGCCAGGUAACUAUGGCCUUCGGGAUCAGCACAUGGCCAUCGCUUGGGUGAAGAGGAACAUCGCAGCCUUUGGUGGGGAUCCCAACAACAUCACUCUCUUUGGGGAAUCAGCUGGAGGUGCCAGCGUUUCUCUUCAGACCCUCUCUCCCUACAACAAGGGCCUCAUCCGGAGAGCCAUCAGCCAGAGUGGCGUGGCCCUGUGCCCCUGGGUCAUCCAGAGGAACCCCCUCUUCUGGGCCAAAAGGAUUGCUGAGAAGGUGGGCUGCCCGUUGGACGAUACCGCCAAGAUGGCCAAGUGUCUGAAGGUUACUGACCCCCGUGCCCUGACGCUGGCCUAUAAGAUGCCCCUGGCAGGCAUGGAGUAUCCCAUGUUGCACUAUCUGGGCUUUAUCCCUGUUGUGGACGGAGACUUCAUCCCUGAUGACCCCAUCAACCUGUAUGCCAACACGGCCGACAUCGACUACAUAGCGGGCACCAACAACAUGGAUGGCCACAUCUUUGCCAGCAUUGACAUGCCGGCCAUCAACAAGAACGAACAGGAGGUCACCGAUGAGGACUUCUACAAGCUGAUCAGCGGGCUCACCAUGAUCAAGGGGCUCAGGGGUGCCAACUCCACUUUUGACGUCUACACCAAGCCCUGGGCCCUCGACGCAACACAGGAGACUAAGAAGAAGACUGUGGUGGACUUUGAGACCGACAUCCUCUUCCUGGUGCCUACCGAGACUGCUCUGGCCCAGCACAGAGCCAAUGCCAAGAGUGCCAAAACCUACACCUACCUGUUCUCCCACCCUUCUCGGAUGCCCAUCUACCCCAAAUGGGUGGGGGCUGACCACGCAGAUGACAUCCAGUAUGUCUUUGGGAAGCCCUUCGCCACCCCCCUGGGCUACCGGCCCCAAGACAGGACUGUCUCCAAGGCCAUGAUCGCCUACUGGACCAACUUUGCCAGAACUGGGGACCCCAACAUGGGACAUUCAGCUGUCCCCAUCCACUGGGAUCCCUACACCGUGGAGAGUGGCAACUACCUGGAGAUCACCAAGAAGAUGGACCACAACUCCCUGAAGCAGCACCUGAGGACUGAUUACCUGCGCUAUUGGGCCGUGACCUACCAGGCACUGCCCACCGUGACCGGAGAUGAGGCCGCUCCGGCUCCCCCCUCCGGGGAUUCGGAUGCAGCCCCUGCUCCCCCCUCUGGGGACUCCAAUGCCACUCCUGCUCCCCCCUCUGGGGACUCUGACACUGCUCCGGCUCCCCCCUCCGGGGAUUCAGAUGCAGCCCCCGCUCCCCCCUCCGGGGACUCAGAUGCAGCCCCCGCUCCCCCCUCCGGGGACUCCGAUGCCUCUCCUGCUCCCCCCUCCGAGGACUCUGAUGCCGCUCCUGGUCCCCCAUCUGGGGACUCCAAUGCCGCUCCCGCUCCUCCCUCUGGGGACUCUGACACUGCUCCGGCUCCCCCCUCCGGGGAUUCAGAUGCAGCCCCCGCUCCCCCCUCCGGGGACUCAGAUGCAGCCCCCGCUCCCCCCUCCGGGGACUCUGAUGCCUCUCCUGCUCCCCCCUCCGAGGACUCUGAUGCCGCUCCUGGUCCCCCAUCUGGGGACUCCAAUGCCGCUCCCGCUCCUCCCUCUGGGGACUCUGAGGGGGCUCAGAUGCCCAUAGUCAUUGGCUUCUAA